CGUCUUCUCGCCGCUGACCUGGUGGCGCGGCGAGGCCGUGGGCUUCACGCUGUGCGUCGGCCUGCGCCGCCUGCUGCAAGACGCACUGCGCCACCUGCCCGGCCACCGCGGCCAGCCGGACGUCCCGCUCGCCGAGGAGGCCGACCAGUGCGGACUCGACCGCAGCGUGCUCCUGGUGCGGUGCGCCCACAUGUGGGGCUCGGGUGUGGUCGUGGACAAGGAGAAGCGCGUCGUACUCACUUGCGCGCACGUCCUGGCCGAGGACGAGCCCGUCUCGGUGUUCUGGGGCGGGCACUCGGUGAAGGCGUCCGUGCUGUGGCGCUCUGCCGACGGCGUGCCCUACGACGUGGCGGUGCUGCAGCUCGCCGACGACGCCUGCGUGGCCGAGCUGGAGGCGCUGGCCCUGGACACGAGGCCGCCCCGCGUCGGUGAGCCGGUGCUGGCGGUGGGCUACCCGCUGUUCUCGGAGCGCUGCGCCGUGCCGGCCGAGGCCCUGUCCGAGCACCGCGUCGUCCGGCCCCUGGUGUCCCGCGGCGAGGUCUCCGGCUGGUGGCGCUCGUCGUCCAGCCAGAUCUUGUCCACGUGCUGCGUGCAGUCCGGCGCCAGCGGCGGCCCGCUGCUCCGCCUGGGCCCCACUGGACCCACCGCCAUCGGCGUCCUGGUGUGCAACGCGCAGCUGGGCUGCGGCCGCGACGCCGUCGUCUACCCCCACGUCAACUUCGCCCUCUGGGCGGACACCGUCGCCGGCCCCAUCAACGAGUUCCUCGCCUCCGGAGACGCUGCCGUCCUAGCGGGCCUGCAGUGCGACAGUCCCUCGGUGCAGCGGCAGUGGAAGUUGCAGCCUCCGAAGAUGUGCAAGCUUUGAGUCUUUUCCUCCAUUCAAGUCUGUGAUAUAUUUCCUCUUUUGUAUUCCAUUUAUAUCUGUAUUUUUUGUACAUGUCAUACCAACCGGGCUUGGAACGCUUCCCGGGCCUUGGAUUAUAAUUUUCGAUUACGUUAAGAAAUUGUUAUUGUUGUUGUUGCUGUUGUUUACGGUAUUAAAACUUUUCUUCUUGAGA